GAACUGGCAAUGGCAUUUUAUCGAUAUGGAAGCCAAUUGAAACGAGGCACGUGACGCGCAACCUUGAUACUGUAUGCGGCUCUUCCAUCUCCAUGCAAGUUCAGUAGCUGACCGUGUCAGUUGCAAUAAUGCAUGAAAUCAUAACUAUUCAUCUGGGGCAAGCUGGUUUGCAACUCGGAAAUGCGUGUUGGGAAUUAUUUUGUUUGGAGCAUGGAAUCAAACCGGACGGGCGAAUGAAGGGAAGAGCCCCGGAUGAAUUACACACAACUUUUUUCCACGAAACUCAUAAAGGCAAAUUUAUUCCGCGGUCUGUAUAUGUGGAUCUUGAACCAACAGUCGGAGAUGAGGUGCGCAACGGCACGUAUCGCCAACUAUUUCAUCCCGAGCAAAUUAUUACGGGCAAAGAGGAUGCCGCAAACAACUAUGCCAGGGGUUACUUCAGUAUCGGACGUGAAAUUUGUGACCUUGUCCUGGACCGAAUACGCAAAAUUGCGGAUAAUUGUGAUGGGAUUCAGGGAUUCUUCUUCUUCAACUCACUCGGUGGUGGUACCGGGUCCGGCUUGACCGCACUUAUAAUGGAGCGGCUAAGUGUGGAUUACAGCAAGAAAUCAAAGUUUCAAUUCAUCAUCUAUCCUUCACCGGUGAUCUCUUCGGCAGUGGUUGAACCGUACAACGCCCUGCUUACCACGCAUACGACGCUGGAACACACAGAUUGUUCUUUCCUUGUGGACAACGAGGCGGUCUAUUACAUGUGCAGGGCUAAUCUCGACCUAAUCAAGCCUGGACUUACAAACCUUAACCGACUAAUUGGUCAAGUUGUUAGUUCCAUUACGGCAUCUCUCCGUUUCCCUGGUGGCCUGAAUGUCAACCUGCCCGAGUUCCAAACAAACUUGGUCCCCUACCCCCGAAUUCACUUCCCGCUGGCAUCCUAUGCUCCGCUGUUGCCGGCCUCGCAGCUAUUCCACCGGGAGAUCAGUGCCAUUAGACUAACUGCCAGGUGCUUCCGACCGCAGGCUCUCAUGGUCACUUGUAACCCAAGACAUGGAAAGUACAUGGCAUGUUGUCUGCUCUACCGAGGUAACUUUUCAGCCAACGACUUGGCCGACUCAGUUCGAUACAUACGAAAGCAGCGAACGAUCCGUUUUGUUGACUGGUGCCCCACUGGUUUUAAAAUGGGUCUGAAUUCUCAACCCCCAAUAGCAGUGCCUGCUGGGGAUUUGGCCAAGGUCAGUCGAGCUGUGUGCAUGAUUAGUAAUUCCACCUCCAUCGCUGAAGCAUGGACCCGACUAAAUCACAAAUUUGAUUGUAUGUACAACAAGCGUGCCUUCGUGCACUGGUAUGUUGCCGAAGGGAUGGAAGAGAAUGAUUUUAUCGAAACAAAGGAGGACCUAAUCGCCCUGGAAAAAGACUACGAAGAGGUUGGGAUGGACACAACGGUGGAGUGAAACGAAUUUGACAUUUGGAAUUGCCGCCUCAGCAACCACUCGAAGCGUGCUACAAGUCAACGAAAACGAUGUAAUCAAUCAUUCCUCCAGCUUACAGUGCCUUCCCAGUUUCGUUUUCGCAUCCGGUAAACUUGCUCUACUUCAACAAACGAACUCACAACUUGUACGCGCAUUUCAUCUCUUCAACAAACAGAUGAAAUGCCUGAGCAUUAUUACCGUUGGAAACUACCCGUUCACGCAAUCCAAUAUGACCCGCAUUUUCUAAUGCCUUCAACAUGCAGAAGUACGCGAAUUUCCCAGAGGUUAGUGAUGAAGGCCUCAGGUUCAUCGGCGACUACCGUGAGGUAGAAUCUAUGCUGCCACUGUCGCUCACAACGCAAAAUGUUGUGCAUCUAACAAUAAAUCUGGUUAUUAAUAGAACGAUCUGUUCAUGCAAGCACGCGACGCAUUUAAUCAGUAUGAUUUGGUGGAUACUCUACUGCACAACUGUGAAGCAAAAGAGAGGAAGCUGUUCCGUGUUCCGACAGUAUACGUCUUAUUCCUUCCAGUUGAUGGUAGUUAUUGACGUUGGACACAAAAACGCAUGCGCUGGUCGUUAGAAUUUCCGAUUGCGCUUGCACCAGCGUAAGGAUUGCUGGAACCGAUAAUUCUUGAAGCAAAAGGUAUGGUUGAAGACGAGGUCGCAGUUAACCUUCGUCGAGUUUGUAUAGCAGCCUUUACUGCUAUUAGUUAGUGUGCGUGCGGUUAAAUGAC